AGAUUUUUGUCAAGUUAAAAAUCUCUGCACUUUUAUAUUUUAACAAAAUGAAAGUUUGACAUUUAUAUAUAUUCCAAAUAUGACUUCUUAAAGCCAAGUAUUUCAUUUCAUAAUAACAAUACAGAAGUUUUCAUGGGUGUCAUCGAGAAUCAAUGGGUCAUUCUAUGCUUUGUUAAAACAUAUUUCUAUUAUAGAAUUCUACAGGAUGGUCGUGGUGGCUUAAGCCUGUAAUCCCAGCACUUUGGGAGGCUGAGGUGGGUGGAUCACCUGAGGUCGGGAGUUCGAGACCAGCCUGACCAAAAUGGUGAAACCCCGUCUCUACUAAAAUACAAAAAAAGUAGCCAGCCAUGGUGGUGCAUGCCUGUAGUUCCAGCUACUCAGGAGGCUGAGGCAGGAGCUUGAACCCGGGAGGCCCAGGUUGCAGUGACCCGAGAUUGUGCCAUUGCACUCCAGCCUGGGCAACAAGAGCGAAACUCUUUCUCAAAAAAAAAAAAAAAAAAAGAAUUUGACCAAUUUAAAAGCCCAUCUUAUUUUUUAAAUUAUAUAAUCACUUUUUAAAUAUAGAUACUUGUAUUUUGUAGAUGGCUUCCAGGAGAAUCUGAUAACUUCUAAAUGCUUAUCUGCAACUUACAACUGUUUAUCCCACUGUACUUCACAGCCUUCUCCAAGUACUUCAAAUUCAGCAUGUCCCAAAUCAUGGCCCAUAAUCUUUACCCCUAAAUCUGUUCUACCAUCUGUAUUAUCUCAUGUGUUUAUUUGUUCAGGGAAUAUUUAUUGAGCAUCUACUGAAAGAGGUACUGAAUAAUCAAGACUAUAGGCUGGAGUCUGCCUAGGUUUGAUUCUUUGUUGUGUCAUUUACUUGUGUUACCUUGGGCAGAUUAGUUGACCAUCUGUGUCUCAGUUUCCUUAUUUGUAAAAUUGAGAUAAUAAGAAUACCUACCUUAGAGGCCUUUGUGAGGAUCAAAUGACUUAAUACAUAAAAUACUUAAAAUAGUACCUGAUACAUAAUAAGUGUGUGUUGCUUUUUUAUUAAUAGUUUCCAUUAAUCAGGCUGAUGCUAGAUGCUAGAGUCCUGAAAUAAAACCAUAAGAAAGUCUAUGGUCCCUGAUUUAUGAAGGCAUUCUAACAGAAGUGAGAAACAAAAUUUAAGGAAACAGAGAAGAAUAAUUGCCGAUUACAAUAAGUACUUUAAGGAAACCAAGUGGUAUUAAGGGAAAUUUAGAGGAGUCCAGUUGGGAGCUGUUGUACUAAUCCUGUUGAGCGGUGAUGAUGGCUUGGGUUUGGUGAUAGCAGUGGAACUGGGGGGAAAAAAGGAUAGACUUGAGAUACAUUAAUAUUUUGGGAAUAAUGAAUAAUAAGUGGAUUCAACUUGGUGGUUUAGGGAAAGGGAGAAAUCAAGAAUGAAACCCAGUUUGAGUAACUUGCAUGGUUAUCCUAUUUACUGAGACUACAGGGGCACACAAAUUUGGUAAGAAAUCAAGACUGGUUUUGGACAUUUAAGCUAAAAAUGUCUGUGAGAUAUCCAAAAUGGCAGGUAGGUAAUUAGAUAUAGGAGUCUAUGAAGAGAUUAUGAAUUGUAUUACCUGGACUAUUUGUGGUAGCCUUCUGAAAGGUUAUCCCUGCCCCCACAUUCAUUUUUCUAAACUUGACAAGGUAAUCUUUGUAAAAUAGCAACCUGAUUACACUUUAAAAAUUGCUUCCAAUUCCUUACAGAAAAAAGUCCAAACUCUUAGCAUGGCACCUCUUUGACUUGGCUUGUUUUUACUUCUUUACUACAUGUCACAAGGAUCUUAUUCUUUAGCUAUACUAAACUGCUUAGAAUUUUCUAAAACUUUUUUUUUCUUUUUCUUUUGAGAUGGAGUCUCACUUUGUCACCCAGGCUGGAGUGCAGUGGCGUGAUCUCGGCCUGGCAAAUUUUUGUAUUUUUAGUAGAGACAGGGAUUCACUAUGUUGGCCAGGCUGAUCUUGAACUCCUGACCUCAGGUGAUCUGCCUGCCUCGGCCUCCCAAAGUGCUGGGAUUACAGGCGUGAGCUACCGUGCAUGGCCAGAUUUUCUAAAACUUUAUGCCUUUGCAACUGUGGCUUCUUUCUCCCUGUUGGGGAAACCAGCCCCACACCACCCGGCGGGUACCCCAAGUCCAGCAGAAACAAAGGAAUUAGAAAGAGACAGAAUAAGAGUUUAAAAGGCGGGUCCAGGGGACUGGAGCAUCGGAGGCUUGCUCAUAGCCUCAAGCUCUCGGCCUCUACCCAAUUUAUUGGUUUACAAGCUCUUUGUUCUUAGGGCAAAUGGGAGGAAUAGGAAGGGAAGAGGAAAAGGAUUAAUCAGUGAAGGAGAACUUGUGAGUCAUUCAAUAAGAUGUAUAGCAGUGGUGGUUUCUGUGAAUUUCCUCUAGCAAAGGCGUGUGUCUAAACUACUUAAGAUCUUUAACUUGGUGGGAGUGGGUUUCAGGAGAAUCCAAGAUGUUUGAUUAUACUCCCCUGCUUCAAGGGAGUGUUAUUUUCCUGAGCAACCUGUGGCAUGCCGUGGAGCUGUUAUGCUGUAGGGGCAUAAAGACAUGAAGGCAAUAAGGAGACUUUUCUCCUCAGAGGCCGCCCACGGUUUCCCGUGGGUGUCUCACACAGGGGAGACCAACUCAUCUGGCACCCAGAAACUGUCUUUCCCACACUCUCUGGAAUAUCCUUAUCAUGAUUCUCUGUCUGCAGACACCACUCUUCAAGUUUUAGCGUGAGUGGCAUCUGGUAUUUAAGUAAGGGGUACCAUACCAAGCAUUUUUUCUCACAAGUGAAGGCUUCUUUGAUUACUUGCUACCGUAUAAAGUCAAUGUUCCCUCUUAUGUGUAGUGCCUUAUAUAUAUUCUACUUUCGUAGCAGUUAUCGCAUUGUGUUGUGUUGUUUACAGCUGUCAUUUCCCCUGGGCUUGGAGGUGAAGCUACAAUGGCACAAAUUCAUCUUUGUUUACCCAAUAUCUUCUGUAAUGUCUGACACAUAGUAGGUAUUUAUUUAUGUAUUUAUUUAUUUAUUAUUUUUUUUGAGACGAAGUUUGCUGUUUUUGCCCAGGCUGGAGUGCAGUGGCACGAUCUUGGCUCACCGUAACGUCUGCCUCCCGGGUUCAAGCGAUUGUCCUCUGUCAGCCUCCCAAGUAGCUUGCCACCAUGCCCGGCUAAUUUUUGUACUUUUAGUGGAGACAAGGUUUCACCAUGUUGGCGACGCUGGUCUCGAACUCCCGACCUCAUGAUCUGCCUGCCUUGGCCUCCCACAGUGCUGGGAUUACAGGCGUGAGCCAUCAUGCCCGGCCAUAAUAGGAUCAUCAUGCCUAGGGUUCAUAACAUAAAAAAGUCUCUUACACCUCACAUUUCUUGUGUGACAAGUGAAUCUGAUAAACUGCUGGAUUUUUUGCCUGACAGACUAAGAGCAAAGCUGCUUCCAUUCCAGAAAGAUGGCAUCAUUUUCGCCCUCAAAAGAAAUGGCAGGUGUAUGGUGGCUGAUGAAAUGGGUCUAGGAAAGACAAUCCAGGCAAUUGGAAUUGCUUACUUCUAUAAAGAGGAAUGGCCUCUGUUAAUAGUGGUCCCUUCGUCUCUGAGGUACCCUUGGACAGAAGAAAUCGAAAAAUGGAUCCCAGAGCUAAGUCCAGAAGAAAUCAAUGUUAUUCAGAAUAAAACUGAUGUUAGGAGAAUAUCGACCAGUAAAGUGACAGUUCUGGGUUAUGGUCUCUUAACCACAGAUGCAAAGACUUUGAUAGAUGCCCUGAAUAAUCAGAACUUCAAAGGAGUUAUAGUGGAUGAAUCACACUACAUGAAAUCCAGAAAUGCAACUCGCAGCAGGAUUUUAUUGCCAAUAGUACAGAAAGCCAGACGAGCCAUUCUUCUUACAGGAACACCAGCUUUAGGAAGGCCUGAAGAGCUUUUUAUGCAGAUUGAAGCUCUCUUUCCACAAAAAUUUGGAAGAUGGACCGACUAUGCAAAAAGAUACUGUAAUGCACGCAUCAGAUAUUUUGGUAAAAGACCUCAGUGGGAUUGUAGAGGGGCAUCAAAUCUUAAUGAACUUCACCAGCUAUUAAGUGACAUAAUGAUUAGAAGAUUAAAGACUGAAGUUUUAACCCAGCUACCCCCUAAAGUCAGACAGCGUAUUCCAUUUGAUCUUCCAUCAGCAGCUGCCAAGGAAUUGAAUACCAGCUUUGAAGAGUGGGAAAAAAUAAUGAGAACUCCAAAUUCAGGUGCCAUGGAGACAGUCAUGGGGUUGAUAACUCGCAUGUUUAAACAAACUGCUAUUGCCAAGGCAGGUGCUGUAAAGGAUUAUAUUAAGAUGAUGCUUCAGAAUGAUUCGCUUAAAUUUCUGGUUUUUGCUCACCAUUUAAGCAUGCUCCAAGCUUGCACAGAAGCAGUCAUCGAAAAUAAGACUCGUUACAUUAGGAUAGAUGGAAGUGUUUCAUCUUCAGAAAGAAUACAUCUGGUUAAUCAGUUUCAAAAGGAUCCUGACACUCGCGUGGCUAUCCUAAGCAUUCAGGCUGCUGGCCAGGGAUUAACAUUUACUGCAGCAAGUCAUGUUGUAUUUGCUGAGUUGUAUUGGGACCCUGGACAUAUAAAACAAGCAGAAGACCGAGCUCACAGAAUUGGCCAGUGCAGUUCUGUGAAUAUUCACUACCUUAUUGCAAAUGGAACCCUAGACACCCUUAUGUGGGGAAUGUUGAAUCGCAAGGCUCAAGUUACAGGGAGCACACUGAAUGGUAGGAAGGAAAAAAUUCAGGCUGAGGAAGGUGAUAAGGAAAAAUGGGAUUUCCUGCAGUUUGCUGAAGCUUGGACUCCAAAUGACAGUUCUGAAGAGUUAAGGAAGGAAGCUUUGUUCACUCACUUCGAAAAAGAAAAACAGCAUGAUAUUCGAUCAUUUUUUUUACCACAACCUAAAAAAAGACAGUUGAUGACCUCCUGUGACGAAUCAAAGAGAUUCCAGGAGGAAAAUACUGUAGUGUCAUCAGACCCUACAAAAACAGCUGCAAGAGAUAUCAUCGAUUAUGAAAGUGAUGUUGAACCUGAAACUAAAAGAUUGAAAUUGGCCACCUCAGAAGACCACUGCAGUCCGUCAGAAGAGACACCAUCCCAGUCCAAGCAAAUCAGAACUCCACUCAUGGAAAGUGUCCAGGAGGCCAAGGCCCAGUCAACCACCCCAGCCUUUCCUGUAGAGGGCUGGCCGUGUAGUCUCUGCACCUAUAUCAAUAAUUCAGUGUUACCUUAUUGUGAAAUGUGUGAGACUCCUCAAGGCAGUGCUGUUAUGCAAAUAGAUAGCCUCAACCAUAUCCAGGAUAAAAACGAGAAGGAUGAUUCUCAGAAAGACACCUCCAAAAAGGUUCAAACUAUCUCAGACUGUGAAAAACAAGCCCUUGCACGGUCAGAACCUGGCCAGUUGGCUGACAGCAAGGAAGAAACAUCAAAAAUUGAGAAAGAAGACGGACUUACAUCCCAGCCAGGUAAUGAACAGUUGAAGAGUUCAGACACUUUGCCAGUGUAUGACACCUUAAUGUUUUGUGCAAGUAGGAAUACUGACCGGAUUCACAUCUAUACUAAGGAUGGAAAACAGAUGAGCUGUAAUUUCAUUCCUUUGGAUAUAAAAUUAGACCUUUGGGAAGAUUUACCAGCAAGCUUUCAGCUGAAACAAAAUCGCUCACUGAUUUUGAGAUUUGUUCGAGAAUGGAGUAGUCUAACUGCCAUGAAGCAAAGGAUAAUCAGGAAAAGUGGACAGCUAUUCUGUAGCCCCAUUCUUGCUUUGGAAGAGAUCACAAAGCAACAAACCAAACAAAAUUGCACCAAAAGAUACAUAACCAAAGAAGAUGUUGCCGUAGCCUCAAUGGACAAAGUGAAGAAUGCUGGGGGCCAUGUCCGUCUGAUCACAAAGGAGUCCAGGCCACGGGAUCCUUUCACAAAAAAGCUUCUUGAAGAUGGAGCCUGUGUCCCAUUUCUAAAUCCAUACACAGUCCAGGCAGAUCUCACUGUGAAGCCCUCUACAUCCAAAGGCUAUUUGCAAGCUGUGGAUAAUGAAGGAAAUCCACUUUGCCUUCGCUGUCAGCAACCCACUUGCCAGACUAAGCGAGCGUGUAAAGCGAACUCUUGGGAUUCACGGUUUUGCUCUCUGAAAUGUCAGGAAGAGUUUUGGAUUCGAUCUAAUAACAGUUACCUGCGAGCCAAAGUAUUUGAAACUGAACGUGGUGUGUGUCAACUCUGUAAUGUGAAUGCACAAGAACUCUUUUUACGUCUGAGAGAUGCCCCUAAAAGUCAGAGGAAGAAUCUUCUGGAUGCUACCUGGACUUCAAAGCUCCCAUUAGAACAGCUAAAUGAAAUGAUAAGAAACCCAGGGGAAGGACAUUUCUGGCAGGUGGAUCAUAUCAAGCCAGUGUAUGGGGGAGGAGGACAGUGUUCCCUGGACAACCUGCAGACUCUCUGCACAGUCUGUCACAAAGAGAGAACUGCCAGACAAGCUAAGGAAAGAAGCCAGGUGAGAAGACAAUCUCUAGCAUCAAAGCAUGGAUCAGACAUCACACGAUUUUUGGUAAAGAAGUAAAGUAGAAAAAUAUAUGAAUGAAUGACAAAUGGUUUACAUGUGGAAGACUUUAAUACAGAAGUUUUCCAUGUUUGUUUAAUAUAUUGAGAGUAAAAAUUUUCAGAACAAAAAUCAAGAAUUCAAAUUCUCUUCUACUAAUUACUUUUAGUGUUAAAUACAUUUUGAAAGUACUUAACAGAAACUAAGAUACAAUACUAAAUAUUUCUGUGGCCUUUUUGAUUUGAUGCAGACUCGCAAUUAUGUUUCAGCAAUGUUUUGUUAAGCUCUUUACCCCUAAUAUGCCUAAUCACUGUAUUGUGUAUAGAUUGUGUUUAAAAAAUGUACUCUCAAUUACCUAAAAAUGCUUCUGGAUUAGUAUUGUUCUGGACUGUCAUAGGUAUGAAUGGAACAUUGCAAAACCUUAUGGGAAAUUUCAAACGCAAAUCAUUAUUUGGGAAUUCUGGGCCAAGCAUGACCAGCCUGCUUAGGAUUCAGGAGAGACUGUCCACUAAAUACCUCCAGAAUGAGCUUGGGGUACAUAUUUUGGGUGUUGCUUUUCUUGCUUUAUUUCUUAGCUAGUCAUCUUUAUCAAAAAUAUCCUUUCAAAAUGAGGUACCUAUGGUGUUUGUGGACAAUUUGGGCGUUCUGUGUAAAGUAAUUGUUAAAAUUAUUAAAUAACUGAAAACAUAAAAUGUAAAAUGCCA